AUGGCGGCGGAGAGGAUCGUAAACAUGCACUUUAAAUUAUGCUUGUUGCAAAAGUCUGACGGGGGUACUAUCGUCAUCUUCAAUAACGACAACUGGAAUGAGUUCUAUGAAUCAUGUCUAGGUACAUUAGCUGCCGCUGAUGCUCUAGCUAUUGUUCAAGGAGAUGAAGAAGAACCAAUUGAUCCCCUCGAUAUAUCUCAUAUCACAGAUCUUCGUGCCUACAAGAAGAAACACAGAAACGUCAUCUCCAUUAUCAACUCUGCAGUCAACUCUGUUUAUCACUCUUCUCUUGUUCCUUUUCUAGCAACAUCUGAUAUUGUUGGCAUGUGGAAUAAAUUAAAGGAACAUAACUAUACAGUUCAUCCUCAGUAUAUUACUGAAGUCAGAAAGCAAUUUCACUUUGAGGACUUUAACCCAAAAACACAAACCCUAUGCCAAUUCCUCGAAUGCCUCCUUAAUUAUCAAAGCAAAACCUCCAUCAGCGACAGAGCUAUCAGUGAUCAAGAAAGAAACUUUAUCAUCAACUCCAAUCAAUCACUUCAGGAAGCUAUGGUUACACUAACCAUUGCGGAGAAACCCUACUCGGCGAUUACUAAUUAUACUGAAGGCAAAGGAUAUGGUGAAAAUCGAGGCGGACAUAAUCGUAAUAGAAAACGUAGCGGAUAUCGUGGAGGAUCUGGUGGAAAUGGAGGAGAUUCAGGUGGCACUUCUAAUAAUAGAAUUGAAAAGGUUUCCAAAGACCAGUGUAGAUUCUGCCUCAAGAAAGGUAAUUUUCAGAAGGAUUAUCGUUCUUUCUUGAAAGCUAAAAAGGCUACUCAAGGCAUUAAGGCUGAUAAAGAAGACAAUAAGGAAGGAAUGGCUAGUCUUGCUAUAGGAGAUCAAUACAACGGUACCAUCUAUACUGGAGUUGCUAUGCGUGCCACUGAUUCAAAAGACUACACCUGGAUUCUUGACUCUGGAGUAUCCAAUCACUUCACUAGAAUACUAAAAAAUCUUGACCAUUUUCAGUAUUGGAAGGAGUUAAGAAGAGUAAGAAUCGCUAAUAACACCUGUUCUAUAAACACUGGAUUUGGCAAAACAAAAAUAGGUCGAUUAAUACUUGAUGACAUCUGGUAUGUCAAGGAUUUCAGAUCUACACAGCUAAUCUCUAUUACCCAACUAGCAGAUGCGGGAAGUAAAGUCAUAUUCGAAAGGGAUUCAGGAUCGUGCUGGAGAUUUGAUCAGCUUCAAUUCGCUGUCAAACAGUCAAAGGGUUCCUAUAUCUACCAGUACGCUACUAUAUUCGAUAUAGCACAUCUAUUUUUCAACGAAGAAGGAGAAGGAAACCUUGAUGAAACCAAUGCAGAACUAGCACAUCGUCGUCUCGGUCACCUUAAUUACAAUUAA